AUGGCGGCUGGCGGCGGUGCUGCUGCCACUUCUGCCCACAGGACCUUCUCCUUCAAGGUGGUGCUGUUAGGGGAAGGCUGCGUGGGCAAGACGUCGCUGGUGCUCCGCUACUGCGAAAACAAGUUCAACGACAAACACAUCACGACCCUUCAGGCAUCGUUCCUUACGAAGAAGCUCAACAUCACAGGCAAGAGAGUCAAUCUGGCUAUUUGGGACACAGCCGGGCAGGAACGCUUCCACGCUCUCGGGCCGAUCUACUACAGAGACUCCAACGGAGCCGUUUUAGUCUACGACGUCACCGACGAAGACUCCUUCCAGAAGGUGAAAAACUGGGUGAAAGAAUUAAGGAAAAUGUUGGGGAACGAAAUCUGUUUAUGUAUAGUAGGUAAUAAAGUCGAUCUGGAAAAAGAGAGGCAUGUUUCAGUGGAAGAUGCCGAAGCGUACGCAGAGUCUGUUGGGGCGAAACACUAUCACACAUCAGCUAAAUUAAACAAAGGAAUCGAAGAGCUGUUCCUCGACCUGUGUAAAAGAAUGAUGGAGACGGCGCAGGUGGACGAGAGGUCCAAGGGGAACGGGACGAGCCACGCAAGCACGGGACGGAGAGGCGUCCAGAUCAUCGACGACGAACCGCAAGCCGCUAUGCCAGCCGGAGGGUGCUGUUCAUCCGGCUAGGACACCACCCCGUCUCUCUCUCUCUCUCUCUCUCUCUCUCUCUCUCUCUCUCUCUCUCUCUCUUUCUUUCUUUCUCUCUCUCUAUCUAAAAGUACUGGCACUUUUCAUCUAUCACUCGUUCUUCGCUUUGUAACACUGAUGGCUUCAGCUGUGAAUUUUGACACCGAAAGUUGGAAUACAGCAUCUAAUAACUGUGGUAACCUGAUUUCUCUCUCUCACUUUUUUUUUUCUCUCUUUAUUCUUUCUCUCCCUAUCUUGCACACGCAUACCCAGGCGCUCUUUUGUGAAUAUUUGAACACAUACUAAAAUCUGUUUGUUUGUUGUUUUUUUUUCCCUUUACGUUUGGAAUGAUUUCUAUGAACGCCUGUUUUUUUUUUUUUUCCUCUCCUUUUCUUUAGUUUGAAGCGUUAAAGAAAGUGAAGUUCCCGUUAUUUAAUAACUUAAUCCUGCACACUGAACUCUGAAGUUCGCUGCACUUAUAAUAAUAAGUAAUAAGUGAGCUCCUGUCCUUCUUUCUGUGUCUCCCUGGUCUCACUUUUCCAUCUCUGUGUGUGUCUCUCUCUCUCUCUCUCUCUCUCUCUCUCAUGGACUUCCUCGCUAAUCCGAAGUUUUAUUAAACCUGCAUGUUAAUAGGUGUUUUUUUUUUUUUUUUGUUUUUUGUUUUUUUUUUUUCUGGGGACUUGUAAGUACAACCAAAUGAAAUCCAUGUGUAUCAUAUUAAUAUUUUAUCCGCUUUUACACAAUAUUUUUCCCCCCUUUUGGCACAGACGAUGAACUCGUCCAGCUAGCCACUCGCAAACAUAUUCGGUCUUCGAUCACUGCUGUGCAACAAUAUCCAGAAAUUAAAAAAAAGAAUAAGAAAGGUACAGAUUGCGUAAAUAUUCGAGCCAUAAUUCAUAUUAUAAGUUAUAAGGCAUAUUCGUUCCCUCUUUUACACUACAACUAAUAAUUCAGACUUUUCUCGUCUCAGUUUUACUCUGAUUAUAGUUACAACUGUUAAUCUUUAGCACUUGAUGACUUCCUUUCGUCAUUUACUUUUUGCUCAGUUGCCAAAAGUGCCAAUGUCCCCACAAUUUCUCAACCGGAAAUUUUGUGUUAAAUCGUGCCAUUUUGCAAAGUGUUUCAGAGCCACGGGGCAUUCGCAUUAUCAAGUUAAAAGUUUGUGGACGCAUUUGAGCAUCCCGGAUUUCCGCUUCGGAAGAACCACAUACGGUUGGAAAAGUCUGGUGUCCACAAGCAUUUGGCUAUAUUAUAUAGUUGUUCCUGUACGUUGAUAAAUCUGUGGGAGUAUAAACCAGAAAAUCCAUUUUAUUCGUUAUGUGAGAGAGUUUAAAUAUGGUUUUUGCUGGUAAUAGAAUUUUUUCCCCCUUUCUUUUUCUUUUCUCUUCUAUGAGUACAGCGUUGAAAUUCUUUUGAAAUAUUUUUCCAUGUGGCUGUUGGUUUCGUGUAUAAUAGGCACAUGGUUGUAAAAGUGAAAAACAGUUCUGGGUGAAAGCACACCUUUUUUUUUUUUUUAUUAUUAUUAUUAUUAUUUAACUGCUUCUGUCAUUGUUUUGUAAUAGAAGAGUUACAAAGAGAAAAAAAAGAAAUCAGUGCCUAGGUGUCCAACACAUGGUCAUUAUUAAAAUAAUAUAUAUCUA